AUGAGUGCUGAAAUCGAGACCACGGACAUUGUCCGUCUGAUCAUCCAAUUUCUCAAGGAAAACAAUCUCGGCGAGUCCGCCCGUUCGCUUGAGGAGGAGGCCGAUGUCCACUUGAACACCGUCGCCUCGACUGAUGAGUUCGUGUCCGACGUCCUCGAGGGCCGCUGGGAUGAGGUCCUGGCGGCUGUGGCUCCGCUGCGCCUGCCGCCCGCCAAGCUCAUCGACUUGUAUGAGCAGAUUGUCAUUGAGCUGAUCGAGCUCCGCGAGCUCCAGGCCGCCCGAGCCCUCCUGUCGGAUAGCAUCCCGCUAGCCUCCCUGCGUACGUCGGACCCCGGGCGGCACAACCGCCUGGAAACCCUCACACACCGGUCGGACUUCUCCACCGAGGAGGCAUACGGUCUGGCCUCGGGGCUUGGCGUGUCUGCGCGCAAGGCCCGGCACGACCGCCGUGCGGCCAUUGCCCAGGCUCUUGCUGCCGAGGUGGUUGUCGUUGCGCCUUCACGCCUGGUGACGCUCCUCGGCCAGGCGCUCAAGUGGCAAAAGUCCCAGGGUAUCCUCGACGGCGGGGUCAUGAGCUCGCCCCUGGCUGCCGGUGUCCCGGUUCGGCACAACAUUUUCCAGGGUACCACCACCCAGGAGUCCGGCACCCCACUGGAUGAUGCCCCGCCCAAGCAUCACCUCCGGAGCAUUCGCUUUCCGAGCUCGUCCCGAUGCACGAUUGCACGCUUUGCUCCAAAUGGACGGCACCUGCUCACCGGUGCGUCGGACGGCCUCAUCGAGGCUUGGGAUUAUGUCACCGGGCGCCGUGCCACGGAUGUUGCCUUCCAGAGCGAGGACAACAUGCUCUUCAUGAAGGGUGGGGCCGUAUACGCCCUGUCCUUCAACCAGGAUGGUUCACUGCUGGCAGCUGGUGACGAGUCGGGCGCCGUGCAGGUGUGGCAUUUCGCCACUGGCAAGACGGCACGCCGGUUCCCCAAGGCACACACCCAAGCGGUGUCGGCCCUCGCCAUGAGCCGCUGCGGGCGCUUUGUCCUGACCGGCUCGCACGACCACUCGGUCCGGCUAUUUGGCAUGGAUUCCGGGCACCAGCUGCGUGAAAUGCGCGGGCACACGGCCCCGGUGACCGAUGUGGCCCAUGUGUCCGAUCGUGCACGGAUCAUCAGCAGCUCGUCCGACGGCACGGUGCGCGUUUGGAGCGUGACCACCGGCGAAUCGAUUGCCUCCUUCCGCCCGCGUGCCCCGAGCCCGGCCGACAGCGCGCCCGGCGCCUCCAUGCUCAGGACCGAGAUCGUCGCCGGCGGAGCGCCGAUCUUCGCUGCGCUGCUCAGUGCCCGCGACCGUGAGCAGGUGAUCGUGUGCGCCCGGUCGCCGGUUUUGUCAAUCAUGACGCUCAAGGGGCAGCCUGUUGCCCAGAUCGCCGCACCCACCGGCGACGAUGAUGGUGAUACCCCAGCCGGCGGGGCUGUCGUCGAUGAGAACAAGGUCUUCCUGGCGGCGGCUCUCUCAUACAAAUCGACCGUGGCUUUCGCCGCCACCACCGAGGGGCGCUUGUACACCCUGCGCCUGGACCAGGGUACCUGCGCCGCAUCCAUGGAGGUCAUCGACCCGAAGCAGGUCGGCACCGAUGAGGUCCUCGGCGUGGCGGCUCACCCGCACAGCAACAUCAUCGCCACCUGGUCCUUGUCAGGCGGCCUUCGGGUCUGGCGCCCGUGA